UCUUAAUAGAAAAACGUUCUGUCAAUACAAUAUGAAGUUUUAUUUCUAAAUUAUCUGUUAUUUUGUGAUUCUCAAAAUAUGCCACAGCGGCAAUGUGGAUGUGGAUAACAUUGCGUUUAUUAGUGGCAGCUGGUCUCCUUCAUGAUCUAGCCCACUUCACCGCGGUGGCGGCAGCAAGCUCGAACCUCUCGUGCCACGAUUGUUCAGAAUCGUUCAAGAAGAUCUGGACGCCCUACACGGAGUGUCAGUACUACCCGGAAGUCACGCCGCUCCGCCCAUGCCUCGACACCGAUAGAUACUGCAAGGUAGAGAGAACGACAUACAAUCAGAUGACGGUUUCUAUAUCGAGGGGUUGUACGAACGAGUGCUGGCACGGGUGUCACCCCUCGGGCUUCGGCCUCACCCGCUACAAGUGCACCUCCUGCUGCCUCGCCAGUGGAUGUAACACUGGCAACACUGCCACAGGCUUAUCAGGACAUCAAGGUGGAAUAUGUGUCGGCGGGACGUUGUUGUUUAUUUCAUUAUUGGCCUUAUUCUGAAUAAUAUAACCCGGUUGUUAAGUGUUCGUUAGUUGGUAUUAACAAUGUGGCUUCGCGAGUGAAUGGACUAGCGGAAGUACCGCCACAUGUUUUAUUAGCAUAUCCUAGUGAGGUAGUGGAAGUGAUUUUGUUUUCGUCGAUGACAUUAUUUACAUUUAAACAUUUAUAUAUAUAUUUUACUACGAUUGUGAAGAAAGCUAUGAUAGCUUAUACUAAGUCACGCUCGUUGGUACGAUGUUGCGCGAGUGUGGGGUCUUAUGUUGUGGGGGAAACCGGAGUACCCAGAGAAAACUCACUUGUCCGGCUUGGUGACCACUAACCAAACUCACAUGCGCCAAACCAUUGAAGAUGCACUCUUACUGAUAAAUAAAUUUUAACACAAUUAAUACAAAUGUUUAAAUAUAC